CUCACAAACAAACACCUUCAUCCCAAACCUUCAAACCUGCUCAAUCUUCUCUGCUAACUUAUUUCAGUGUCAUUUCUUUUUUCAAUUGCUCUCUCAUAAAAUGGCAAAAAAUGUGGCUGAUUCCCCUUUGGAGAGGAAUAGCCUGGCUUCUCUAGACCAAAAGCUGGCCCUGGCCAAGCGCUAUUCUCAUGAGGGGGUAAUAGCAGGAGCUAAGGCAGCAGUUAUUGCUAGUAUUGCCACUGCCAUUCCAACUGUGGCUAGUGCGAGGAUGUUGCCUUGGGCAAGGGCCAAUCUCAAUCACACUGCUCAAGCCCUCAUAGUCUCCACAGUGGCAGGAGCUGCAUAUUUCAUAGUGGCCGACAAGACAGUUUUAGCCACUGCUAGGAGGAACUCCUUCAAGCAACUCUCUAAGGACGAUGUAUAAAUUCCAAUCACUCUUAUGGCUUUCCACUAUUGUUCUAAGCCCUUUUAUUAUGUAAACAACCCGUCAUCUUAAUAAAUAAAUAAAGAUGGGGUUCCAUUUUAAGAGCAGUCUGUAUUCAAUGAUCUGCUUAUCUGAAUGGAAAUUAUGUACAUUUACAGA